GGAGAAGAAGAUGGCUGCAUUUACUGUAUUUGUUGUGGUUUGACUCGGUGGGGAAGGUGAAUCAGCUGGAUAUGACUCAUGGAAAUUUUAUUUUAAUUUUACUUUACUAAUGAAAAAUUAGCAAAGUAAGGUAAUAGAGAUUUAAUAAUUUUCUUCGCUCUAACGCCUGACUCGAUUAUUACCAACAUAGGCUACAGUUACAGGAUAACGUUAGCACACCGAGGAAGUGAGCGUUAAUUCUUGCCAGAUAUCCUGAAGAGAGAGGAACAAGAUUCAGCCUGUAAGUAUGAAAUAAGGGUUUAAAUUCACUUUAUCUCAUCGUUAUAAUGUUGUAAUGAGGCUUUCUGUUGUGUAGGUUACAUGCUAGCUGGAGAAGUUAAGAAGCAGACAACAUUAUCAGCCUAACAUUAACAAACAUUAUCAUCAUUAUCGAGCAAACGUUACAUAUAGGGAGAUAAUAGGCAUGUUUUCGCAGUUAUUGUUAGCACACGUGGCUUUUGGUGGUUGUUUAAAGGUAAAAUGUGUGGCUAGGGAGCUAUAGUUUUAGCUGCGUAAAAGAUGUCCUAAUAGCUACGUGGUUUACGGUAAAACACCCCACCCACCCCGAACCGACAAUACCCCUUUAAGUGACACCGAUUAUACAAGCACGUUUCAUGAAAAAUCAAUCCAAAAGGGGUUAAAGUGGGCUGAUAAAACUUGGAGCCAGGAUGGAAAAGCAAAUCCUGUCAAAUGUAAGAUAAAUGAAGGCUUUAACAGGUUCGGGGUAAAGAUCUCUCAUUAAGAAAGGCAAGUUUGUCUUGUAAUAAUUUAUGUUACCACCAUGAGAAGUGUUCUUGUGAUGAGUACAACAAGAUGAUCUCAAGAUGUCACUGUCACUUUACCUCUGUCUUUACUAAAUGAAAAGCUCUCCAAAGCAAGGCCAAUUUAAUUAUAUGUCACGUGAUGGCAACAAGGCUAUUAACCCUUAGAUGCAUAAGUUGGGUCAAAAAUGACCCCAGCGCAAUUUUUUUUUGCAAUAUGUUUGUAAUUUUUAAUUUUUAUCAUUUAAUCUUCCGUGUAUUCCUCAAGUAGGUUCUUUUUGACAUUGGGCAAUUGAUAUUUUCCACAUCCAUGGAUUUUGUGUGAGAGUGUUGUGAUAUCAUCCUCAAAUUACUACUUUGGAAAAAACAGAAGAUCCACUUCUGUAACCACACAAAUGGAGGUGUAGAAUAGAUAUUAUAGACCAGAUGUUUGGCACCUACACCUGUAAAUACCAAAUGAAGAUGUGGCCCAUGCUGCUGUGGUACAACGUGAUUAAUAUUGCCACCCUGAAUGCCUACUCCUUUUUCAAAGCUUAGCACCCUGAAUUCUAUGCAGGUAUCACUAAUGUCCGAUGGCGCUUUCUUAUAGAGCUGUCACAUGAGCUUGUGACGCCUUAUAUUUAGAAGUCGACUGGAAGGUUACCCAUGCCUACUAACCUACAUCACUACAGCAAAGGAAAGGUAUGGGAGGACAAAAGCUGCAAUCCAGCAACAGAGCAUAAACAGACAGGGCCAACAGAAGAGGAAGAGGUUUAAGAUGUGCCCAAGAAACCAAGACCGUACGGCCAGCAACAGUUGUUGGAAAUGCAGUGACCCUGUGUGCAGUCCUUACAGCCAGAGGAGGAUAGGCUACUUUAAAACAGUGAGGAGAGAGUAGACAGUGUGUGUUUUUAUAUGUUGUUUAGAUGUGUGACAAGGGGGCAGAGAAACAUUGAAAGCUAAAGUCUUGAUAGCUGUAUUGAUAGCAAGUUUGUGUUCAAAUGGGGCCUCCUGUAGAGGUGAUGGGGGACAGGAGGAUGAUCGCUAAGCUAUCGUCACUCAUAAACAAUGUUACCCACCCCCAGCAGAGCACUGGAAACAACACUAGGCAGCUCCUUAAGUGACAGGCUUCUUCACCUGUGGUAUGUGACAGAGAGAUACCACAAGUCCUUCCUUCCUGCUGCUAUCAGACUUUUUGAAGCCAAGGUAUCAGAAUUUCUAUGUUGGUGGGUCAGUGAGUCAUGGAAAAAGGAUGAUGUGUGUCCUUUUGUCAUAACUUGGUUUGUUAAGAUUGUACCUUAAAUACAUGUUAACUACAGUUUAUGAUGUUUGCUGCAUCUAACAGGCCCUCAGCCAAAGAUCAUAUGUUCAUGUUUAUGAUGUAGCAGAGGUUGUGUUUAUUUGAGAGAAAAGAUGCCCUACUUUUCCCAUGACACACUUUAAGAACUUCAUAAAAACAAAUGUGUAACUUAAAAAACUUUAUCAGUUUGGCUCAUAUACCAAAGGACUGUUUUUCCCUUUCAUUAACAAAGUUGUCACACUCCAUCAGACCCCUACAGUUUCUUUGAGUUACUGAGAUGUCUGGUUCCACAUGCAGCUGGUUUGAGAUAAAAAGUCAUGAAAUCCUUUUUACUUCUCAGCUGGCAAAGAAAGUCAGAGAAAAGCAGUCCAACAUAGUGAAGCAUUUGGCUGUGAAAGAGAUGGAUAAUGUCUGUGAGAGCUAAAGGGGACAAACACUGCUGGACUUCAUCAGACAGCCAGAAACAACACUCUGACUGAAUGCUAAUGUUGCUGUACAUUUUCUGAAUGUGUAAAUAGCCAGUUGGGUGCUAAAACUCAGUAGCUACUUCUCACUGUGAUUGAAAUUCUCGGUGUUUUUGUUUUCCGCUCUUUCUGUUGAUGCAAAAUUUCCAAAGAGGAGUCAAAUCAGCUUUAAUGCGCAUGAUUUCUCUAUUGAAUUAUAUUCUUCUUCUUCUUCUCCCUCCAUAGUGUGUCUUCCAUCAGUCCUCUGGAGUUAAUCUGAUUAAAGGGAGGAGGAGGAGGCAGAGGAGGGAAACCCAGCAAGUAGAGAGACAGCAGGACAGGCAGGAUUUAUGAUGCCGCUGUUCUUCAAAAAGAGGAAGCCCGGUGAUGACUCCCAGAAGAGACUGGAGUACCAGCUGACUCUGGUAAGAAGAGUGUGUUCAUAUUGCAGCAUGAACAAGUUGAACCUGCUAAAGGUGCAGCAACCUGCAUGAUAUCAAUAAGAUGACCUGCAGCAAUGAUGAUAACACAGUCUUUAAUCUGUCAAAAAUGCAUCUCUGCAACUCUGGUAGUGUUUUCUCUCUCACCAUAAAAAGAUGUAUGUCUUCCAAACAAACUCAACUCCUUCUCCUUUGUCCUGCAGUCUAAGGAAGCUGGCGCAGAUGACAUCCUGGACAUCUCAGCGUGUGAGCUUUCAGAGGUGAAUUUAAUCCUGUCAUUGACUUUCUCUGAUCACUUCUCAGUUCCACUGCUGGUUCAGGCUGUUGUUGUGAUGUGACAAAAUGUUAAUUGAAAGUAUAACUCAAGCUUCUUGUCAGGAUUGAUUUAUGAUUUUUGUAGCUGUACACAGUACAGACACUUUGAGCCUACAGCCUGACAUUUUAUUUCUCCUUCUUGUUUAUCUGCACUUAGCAAACAUAGCCACAGCCUGGAUGUCAGUCAGUGUGUUUAUUACUCAUUUUUAUCGUACAAUUUGAUGUUGCAUAGAUGGUGCAUAUUAAUACAGAUUCCUGUAAAUAUGGAAGGUGCUUGUUUAUACUGAAGUAGACAGGAAAAAAAGAUAAAAGACCCUGUAUUAGUUGAGAUUUCACCUUUUUCUCUUUGUUCUGACCUCUAUCUGCAGUAAAAUCUUGCCAAAGGUACUGUUUAGUUAAAACUGCAGGUAAUUAUAUCCACCAUCUGCUCUCCCACAGGUUCCCUCAAGUGCCUUUUCCAUUUGCAAGGUGCUGCAGAAGAAGGUGAGAAGAUCUAAAAUCAUCCUAGGUUCAUGUUAAUUGGCAGUUUGGUGCAAAGACUGCAUCUCAAGGACAUGCAAUAAAAGGAUUACAUUUUAAAAGACACUUAAUUAUGGUGAAAGCAUUGUCAUGUAAAAACAACAGAAUUUAAAAAUGACGAUGUUAAUUUUACAAACAGACGUGCUAGUUUAUAUCCACUCACAUCGAUGGGAUAAGUGGUUGAAUUUCUUCCAAGUAGAUAAGUUUCCUAAUUCUGUUCAUGUAAUAAAUAAUAUUCCAUUGCAGCAUUUCUUUGUCAGUUGUGUGUGUCUCUAGUUUUACUGUCAUUUGUCUCAUGUCCUCUGUUGCUCUCCUCCAGGUCCUGAUCCUGCAUAACAAUGAGCUGAGGUCACUGAUGCCCAAAGGAUGUGACGUCAGUAAUCUUCUCACUCUAAAGGUAAUGUCAACCAAAAGACAUUUUUCCCAUACUGAAUAUUAAAGCUUCAUUUCACUAAACUUUUGGCUCAUUUUGAGAUGGUAUGCAAUUUUAAGGGUUUUAAAAGCUGGGAAAGCUACAUAAGUAACAGAUCAAUACUGUCCUUUAGUGAAUCGUGACUUUGUUUCAUGGACUUCUUUAUUCAUUUAAGGGCUUCUGGUGUCACCCAAGGUUACUUCAAUCAUAUAUGAAUAUAAUCUAGUUUAAAAACUAGAUUAUUGAUACAUAGUCACCAGUUGUCACCAACAAAAGUUAACUGUAGACUUGAAAGAAGAGCCAUGCAAGAAUUUUCUCUUAUCAAACACCUUUCUUUGACACAGAUUAAGAAUAAAAACAUUGUGUCAAAACAAAGACCGUCUCUUCACAGAAUAAAAAUAUAUCAGGCUUUUGUUUUGAAGAGUGCUUCCACACUAACUUUUUCUUGCUUGUUACAUAAAAACAGAAAUGAAGCAAAUACAGCCCUUAACACUAAUGAUGCCCGGCUCAUGCCUGCAAUAUGAGCAGUCCAAGUAGUUGACAUGAGCGCCAAAAUGAAAAUCAAGCUGGCAGACUUCCAGCAUGAAGCACCAUGGUACAGUUGGCUGUGGGGAUGAGAGCAGUAUCAGGGUUUACUCGACAAAACUGUGCCAAACAGAACUGGAGUGCUUGGUGGAUUUACACAAAGACUGAUAGGAAGUUUGCUUACAUUUUUUUUCAACUGUCGGGCAAUAAACAAGAUAAGAUGAAUUUUUAUACCUUCUUUUUCACUGUGUAGAUACAAAUGUCUCUUAAAGGUUGUUUUCUGUGAUGAUUAACCCAAAAGAACAGUUUCAAAAAUCAAGGAUCCAGAUACCACCUUAGAUUUCAUUUUUGACUCGUGGCUGAAUGUUUCUGCUUCUUAAGGUUUUGGAUCUGCAUGACAACAAGCUCACCUCCCUCCCAGAGGAUAUCGGGAAGCUGACUACACUGCAGGUAAACCUUUUUUGAGGCUGAACCUCGUCUCAGAGAAAAUAAUAGUGUUUCAAACUUCAUCUAAGUGUGCUGGUGUCUCCUGUCAGAUUCUCAACGUGGAGAAAAAUCGAUUGAAGACACUCCCAGACUCCAUCGCUAAGCUGCGGCUCCUGCAGACUCUUAAUCUGAAAGGUAACAUGCUUCCUGCUCCCUGCUUAUUCUCCAGAACAUGAACAAGUCGAUUAACAUUUGUUUUGUUUACACCUGUGCAGGUAAUCAUCUCUCUGAGCUGCCAGCCUCAGUUGGUUCACUAAGCAGUUUGAGGACUCUGGACAUUAGUGACAACCAGAUCAUCCUGCUGCCCAAAGAACUGGCUUAUACGCGCACACUGGAGGUUUGUGUCUGUGAAAUAAAACCUACAGAAAAUAUAAAAACAUUCAUUUGAUUUUACUCAAAGCCUAUAUGUGUGUGUUUUCACAGAGUUUGACGCUCGAUGGUGCCUCUAUGACUUAUCCUCCCUCAUCUGUGUGCACGGAAGGAACAGAGCGCAUCCAGCGAUUCCUGUGUGACGGUGAGACUUCAUCUUAUGUUUAAAACACAAACAUUUGUAUUAUGCUAAAUCAUUUAAUUUACAAGAGGAAAACUGCAGAUAUGACUUCGUGAAAGUGUGAGGGAGUUGUCAAAAAGUUGCCCAGAGGCUCAUAGUGCAGCAUACGUAAGGCAGAAUAUUAGAAAGAAAUUAUUAAAGGUGUGAAACCAUGAUUUGUUCAAAUUUUUUUUAUGUUGCUACAAAUAUGAAACUUAUGUAAAAAGAGACAGCAGCAAUAGGACUCCUCAAAUACCCUCCAAUUUACAGGAGUAUUCUAUCAAAAUUAUAAGUUAAAUCAAGAAAGAUGAAGAAACCUGUCAAGGGUUGUUGUGUCACUUUGAAUACCAGUCCUAAGAGCUCACAAGCGUCAUCAUUUGUACAGUUUUUUUUUUUACAAAUUAAUGUAGCAAGGGACUAAUUGCAGAAUUAAAGAAACUGAUGUUUAUUGUGUUCAUAGUACAUUCUUAGUAAAGGGAGCAGCUGUACAUACGCUUAAAAACAAAUCUUAUAGUUUUAAUAUUUAAGUAUGUGAUGUGAAAUGUAGAGGAAACUGUGACUGUAAAUAUGAAAUAAUGUCUACAGGUCACUAUACAAAAACUGUGUGUGAGAAUAAUGUUGAAUUUCUUGGUUUAAUGGUUUUUAGAGCUGGGUGAGGAGUACUGCCCCCCAUCCCAGUACCUCCUCCCUGUGCUGGAGAGUGACUCCGGCAAACAGAACACAGACUGUCUGGAUGGUCUGGAAGAGGCCUGGCAGGUACUGUUCUUACACACUUAAACUACCACAGCUCAGCACAGGAGUUGUUUGUGUCCUUGAACCAGAUUUCUUGCUGCUUUAACUUAAAUAACUGAUAAUGUAACAAGAAGAUUCAUGAGAACUUUUUUUGACUUUCCUUCUCAGACUAAAUUCAGUGACUAUGAGAAGAGAAAGGUGAGUAACUCCAAGAUAUUUUGCAAAGUGUUGAUGGAAUUUGAUGUGUCGACAGAACAAGAGAAGAGACCAUUUGUACCAUGAGCAGAUGAAAUACUGGCAGAGUUGAAGGCAGCUGAUUUUCCCUGAGGGAAAUUCUCAUGAAGACAGCUUUUGGUGUCAGAUUACUUAGAGUGCUUCUCAGUCUAUCACAUUAUUGACAACAACACACUGUAAAGAUGUUGACUCGUGUCCACAAAAUAACGUGCAAGCACAGAUUAUUGAAAACUAUCAAAAGUGUCUUAUUAUGCUUUUUGACAAUACUUUUGAAUGUAUAGUUGCAUGGUUGAGAUGCAACAGAUUGUUUAAUUGGUAUUUUAUCAAAACGUCACAAUCGUAAAGUAUGUUGCUAUUUUCACUCGGUGGCAUGUCGUGGAUUUACAGAAAAUGUUUAAUCAGUGAGUUAUUUGGCUUCUCAUUGUUUAGUUUGUUUUCAUGCAGCUAAAACUUGAGUUGUGACAGCUCCUCUUCAGACUUGUCACAAAGCUGUUGAGACAAAACACACAGUAUGAAAUAAACAUUGAUCUGAAGACUUCUUUUUUUGUCCCUCAGGAGCAGAAGCAGCAGGAGAAACUUGCCUUUGAGCGCCACCUGGAGGAAAAGCACAAAGAGCACACGCAGCUUCUUCUCAUGAAGACAUCACGCAAGGAAGACAUGCUCAACUCAGUGCGACAGGUUUGUAAAAUCUUUGACCUGCACCUGUAUGCAGAUAAACAUUGCGCAUUUUUAUUCUAUGGUCUUGAAUCUCCUAAAAAAUUCAUGAAGCACAACCCAUCUGUGAACCAUUGAGUCCUCUAAGAUAUUUACAGUCAACUAAAGGGAGCCCUUCAGCUCAAGUUUUGUGAUGAUUUCCGUCUCAAAUGUGUGUUUACUCUGUGCUGUGUAGGAGCAGGAGCGUGUGGAGCAUGGCGUCUCUCUGCAGCAGCGAGCUCAGGAGGCCGAGAGGCUGCUGGUGCUGGAGAGAGUCCGAUGUGCUGAGGACAACAUCAGCAGCCGUAUCAGCAACAUGCUGAUGGACAAGAACAGGUGGGUUAGGUAGAGCACUCUGUGUUUUAAUAUGAGCUGUUUGUGUUCACUGUGACACAUUAUCAAGUCUUCAUGAGUAUCUGCUAAGUGCUGAGUCUUGAUGUUGUUCUCUGCAGGCAGAAAAAGAGCGCAGAGUUUCUUCAGUCUAUGGAGGAGGACCGGUGAGUGCACAGAUUACUGAUCCAUAACGUCCAGAUCUAUUACGGCUGAAAGAUUAAGAAUCACUCCAACACAGAGUAGCACUCAUCCAAUCAUCUAUCACUUAGCAGAGUGGGUCUAUUUAUAGAACAACUUUCCUUGAAAGACUUUACAGAGGGAGGCCAACAAAGAAAUCUCUUUUCUCCUGCCAUAAGAGACACUGCAAAAAACACCAUAAUUACUGCCAGUAGCUUUACUGAUUUGGCUUCAGCUUCAGGACAAGUUUUCAUUUUUUUCCUCUAUCCUUAUGUAAAUAAAUGUAAAACAAAUGGUAUUAAUAACUGCAAACUACAGGCAUCCUAAAAUGCUGUUUUUUUCUCUAAGAGUCUCAGCUGCUACCACUGAGUUAAACAUUUAGGGUCCUUCUAUGUAAACAGUGGAGCUAUAAUGUAUGACUUGGAUACUUGAUUCUGAUUGGUUUAAACCCCAAAACAACAGCAAGAGGAAUUCCAGGGAUAACUCAAUCACACUUUUUAAAUGUUUUAUGCACUUGAUAGGCGUCCUUUUUUGCUUUUUAGUCACAGUAAGAGAACCUAGUGGGCUCUUAUUUACCUGACAUAAACUGAAAAGGCAUCUCAGUAGAACCUUUUUUGCUUGUUAUCUACUGAACGGGUGUCUAGCAGAUACUUUUAAAAAAACAUAUUUCAUAAUAUGUGAGCCUCUGAUUUUUGGUGAUGACUCUGCUUUCCUCAGGAUCCGUAUGGAGCAUCUGACCGCCAUCACACAGGAAGAAACCAACUCACUGAGGAAGAGGGAGGUGGCAGGUGAGAUGCUUGACUCAUGUGCUUUACCUGUACAGCGUUAGGUCUGCAGUCUAAUACAACCCAUCCAAGUUUAAUGACCCCAAAGGCCUUCAGCGAAUACAAAUACUCUGAAAAAGUUAACGGAAAUAGUGUGAGGAUGGAGAUUAUCUCACUACAUCCAUCACAUCACUUGUUUCUUUUUUUUUUCCUGACUUUACAUUUGCUUUCUCUCUUUCACCCUCCUCUCUGUGUUUCAGCGGCCAUGCAGAAGAUGCUGUCAGACAGCUAUGCUAUGAGCCAUCUGCAGGAGGCCAGUGACUUCCGCAGAAGGAGCCUGGUAACUGAGGCCUGCAGGAGGUUAGACGUGCACCACACACACACACACACACACACACACACACACACACACACACACACACACACACACACACACACACACACACACACACACACACACACACACACACAAUCUAGUGUGUUUUAAGAAAUCACAGUGUUUCAAGUUCAUCUGUUUGGUUCUGUCUCCUUGUAACAGUAUGGAGAGUUUGGACAGAAAGUUUGAUAAGAUGCUGUCCCUUCAAAUUUUGGACAAAUCCAAAGCCAUCGCUCAAAUCUUACAGGAGGUAAGUGAAGCCUGGUUGGUUUUUUGUGCUUGUUUCAAUCAUUUUGAGAGUGCAGGGGACUAAUCUAACUCAGUGUGAACUUAAAUCACUUUAUUAGAAACUAUUUGACAGGAUGUUUUCCAUUCAGGGUCUUCUCCGAUCCUUGAAAAGCCUUAGAAAGUCUUUAAUUGGAUUUUGAAAAAUGAAAAGUCUUAUUGUGAGAGGUAUUAUUAUUGUAAUUUUUUUUUUGCAGGAGGAGAUGCAGAAAGUGGCCUUCCAGGCCCUGCAGUUGCAGAAAGAUGCUGUGCACGGAUACAUCCGCAACCAGGUCUGUGUGUGGACUGGUGGUGGGUGGGUGGAAGUGGGUUGAGGGACACCAACUCUGUCACUGAUCUCUAUUUUUUUGUAAAUAAGAGUAGGAUAGAGCUUACUAUCAAAGGAGAAGCUUUACAGUAAAAGACGUAGAAUCCUGAUUUUAUUUCCUUAAAGUUUGAAAGAUGCCUUGUUUUCGUUUUUUGUUUGGAGUCAUUUUGUGGUUUCUUCUAAGUUCAUAGUUUAGUUCGCACAGAUAAAGAGGAACCAGUCAUAUGUUUAGCUGUACCCAGCUCCACUUUUUCACCAGUGUAUUGAGCUUCAACUGUUAGACCUCAAUCAGUGGCAUUUAUUACUCUACGUGAAUUAUUGUAUUUACUUUAAGCCAAAAGGUUCCUUAAGAGUGUGUUUUACCAGCCAAGCAUAGGAAAAUUUUUGAAAACUAAGAAACACAAAUUUAGUACGGUCAUCUGUUGGCUCGAGGUUCCAGUUUAACACACAAACACACUCAGGGAAAAUCUUAAAGGGCAAUGUGACAAGAAAUGGUUUCACAUCCACUAAAAUGAGAAGGUCAAAGAAACAAUAACCAAACACAAAAAGGGAAGUUUUAACUUGCUGGAAUCUGUCCGGAUCUGUUCAUAAAACUGAUGAGCAGGUUACCAAUGGAAUGGCACCACCAACUAUGCCAAAGUUGCUUGUACCAUGUGCCUCCCCUUAUAAAUUCUGGUUGCUGUAAAUCUGACUUUGGCUGCCAGAAAACACAGUGCUCAGUAUCUCUGGGUAACUCUUGAAUCCUCCUCUCAUUCACUGUCUCCAAGGUGGAGACUCUGGGCUUGAAUUUGUUUCUUUUUUUGUAUGUGCUGUUUUAUUCAGCUGCAUCUCGCCCAUAACUAAUCCAUUUAUACUUACACCAGCUAUGAAAUAAUUUUGAAACUUUUGUUGACUCUUUUGGUUAAAUACAAAAAAAGUCAUUUCAUCAGUGUUUUCAUCCUGACUCCUGCUCCCUGCUAGCUUCAUGUUUGCCUCUCCACUGUCCCCAGAUCAAACUCAUAGAGAGUGAGUUAAUGCAGCUGACUAAACUGGAGAUUAAAAAAAGGAAUCUGGACGCUGAGAACCUGCAGGUGGGUGUCACCGCCUUCUUUCUUUGCCUCUCCAUAUUAACCUCACUUUUACUUCUUGUUUUGUUCACCAACUUUCACGUCAUUGCUCCAUGGCAGUUAUCACUCACAUUUAGGUUCAAGAAAACAGUCACACAGAGAAGAGGGAUUAAAGGAAUGAUAAUGCUGAAGUUAUAUCAAGAAGUUUUUGUUGUUGUUGAUAAUUAGUGAGUAUUGUUGCUCAUACCUCAGCUGUUUUAUGUGUGUAUGUGUACAUAUAAAUAUGUGUGUGUGUGUGCAGGAGGUUCUGGUGGAGCAGCGUUCGGCCCUCAGUGAUUUGUUGCAGCAGCUGUUGAAGCAGAGAGACCAGAGAGAGCAGGAACUGCGAGGAGUUCUGGUGAGGAAACGUCAUUUCAUCAAACUGCUGCAGAAUAAACAAGUUUGAGAUGAUUUACAAACAUCUUACUCUUCUGUUCUUGCACAUCUGUUGAUGAUAGCUUUAAAUUGAAAAUGCAAGCCAUUAAAUAAAGGUUGUUUGUGUUUUUCAGGCGGAAAUGGAGAAGAAAUCAGAGUCCAGCCAGCAGAAUUACUGGAUGAUUCAGUACCAGAGACUACUGGAUGCUAAACCUCUGUCGCUUCGCAUGCAGGUACAGUUACAGACCAGAGGGGGAGACACAGAGGCCUCCUGAAACCAAACUCUUCAGUCUCUAAACUGCUCUCUCAUUGCAGGAAGCUGGCGUGGAGAAGGAGUUAGUAAACUUGUUGUGCAAACUGUCGGCUCAGCACUACCUGCCUAUCCUCGCUCAUCACAGAGUGACGACUGAGGCGCUUCGCCACAUGAACUCUUCGGACCUCAAGAAGGUUUGUCUGCUCACUCACCACUGAAACAUUUGCAUAUUUUCCUUAAAAAAUGACCCUUUGUUGCAAAAGCAGGGAUUUGUCCAGAUUCAGGAUUUUCUUAACUGAAAAGUCAACCCACAAGACACAAAUCACCCACGGGGAUGUUCAUUGGUAUUCGGGUUUCGGCACGUUAGUUAGAAAGGACAGUAGUGAGCCAUCUCAGCUGUUUGUGGGCAUUGUGUGUGACAAGUGUGUGUUUCACAGGCAGGGUAGAAGUAUGAAGAUGUUUUGAAGGUUAAAUCCUAACAUGACUGUGAAUUAUUCAUCUUUAUGUUUCGUUUCUUUCUUUCAGCUUGGUAUUAUGGAAAUAGGAAUCCAGAAAGCUCUCUUGAAAUGGGCUCGAAUUCAUGAGCCUAAGGGUGAGUUUAAAGAAUUCCACGUUUUUAUGUGUUAUACAGUUUUACUGGAUAAAUAAAGCGAACUGAAAUGUAUAUUAGUUUUUAUGAUGCUAGUCUGGAUAUUGAUGGUCACUGAUUAUCUUUUCAUCUAGCAGGAGCAUGUAAGGCCGUGCAGGAUGAGGAGGAGGAAGUCACCCCUUCAGCUCCGUCUCCUUCCUCCCCUCCAAUGACUGUCACCAUCCCACCUGUCUGCAUCCCCAGCCCCCCUGCCUCCCCAGGGACCCCUGUCACCCCCUCAGCCCCAAGCCCAGUGGAGGGACCAGGGAGCUCAGAGUGUGUUGUCUGCAUGGAGACUGGGGUAAGUCCAAGUAACUCCAGUCUAAUCGUGUGAUGUACAUCAAUUCCUUGUUUUUAAUAUUCUACAAUAAUAAUAUUUGCCCCACCUGCACCACCUUCAGGUCUCUAAAUUUUGCAUGUAAUAUCUUAAAAUAGAACCUUUCUUUAUAGUUGUUGGGUGAACUUGAUUUUUUAUUUUUUUAUUUUUUUGCAGUGUAUCUACUCAUUUAGCUCAGACGAUAUGAAAAACAUUUGGAUUAAAUGUGAAGUAAAUCACACCUGUAUUUCAGCUCAUUCCACAGUUUUCCAUGUUUUACAGUUGAUUCCAUUUUCAUUUUCAGUUACAAUGAUGAAAUAAUUAGUUUUUAAAUAACUUUUUAGGUGAAAGUUUUAGUUGAGUUUUGGUUAAUGGGUACAUAGUAAUUCAUGUUCUAAAUCUUGAAUUGAAUUUGGGUCCAUUUUUCUGUUUAGACUUCCACCACUGCAGAAUAUUAUGCUGCUUGAUCCACAUCUUUCACAUUUAUGAUUUUUGCUGAAAUCACUUUCCAUUUUAAUUUAUAGGAUAUAAGUUGAGAGAUUUGAAACCCUCAUAGGUCUUUACAGUAACUGCUUGCACAUAAAUUAACACCCUCUCUUCCUCUCGUUUCUCAGUCUCAGGUGAUCUUCUUGCCCUGUGGCCACGUGUGCUGCUGUCAGGUGUGCAGCGACGCCCUGCAGACCUGCCCUCUGUGUCGUAGCGACAUAUCUCAGCGUAUACGCCUCUAUCACAGCUGAACCCCCCCCAUCACGGUGCUUCCCCUCUUUCUCCUCUUCCUCCUCUGACCGAUGCUCUCUGUAUCCAUGCAUGAUCAUAAAGCUGCUGAGGUAACCCAUCGUGUGUAGAAGAGCUUUUAGCUGAGCCACUUUCCUGUAUUAACCAAACCGUACUGUUCAAUAUCUGUGCAGAAACAAGUUGAGAUUUAGUAUUUCUAUAUUAGUUUUUACUGCCAUAAGAGUCUGUUGUGAUUUGUUUUUUGUUUGUUUGUUUAUGGUUUAUAUAUUUAGAGUUAAGUGUUUCUCACUUUUUAAGGACUGACUCCUUUUUGCCUUAUUGUAGACUCUUGGAUGAUGUGUGCCUUUUUCUGAAAAUCACAACAAAAAAAAGUAUGAAUCUGAUGUGAACCAAAGUAAAAAUCUUUGAAGCUCAUGCGAGGAGUUUUCAGCUGAUAAAUCAUGAGACCUAAAUAGAUAAAGAUUUUUGUGUACAACAUAAAAAAACAAACUAGAGCAUCAGCAGCUAGAACUGUUAUUUUUAAUUUCUGAAACUGCUGCCAGACAAGCCUACCAGACAGUAGGCUCCAAAAACACUUUUUCACAUUUCUGAGUCACACUUCAAGCUAUUAAGUGAGAGUAAAAUGAGAUAUACUGUUAAAAAUUAGUCAAAUAUAAACAAAUAUAAACAGGACAAAUUUUAAAAAGAUGUGUGAGGCAACAAUGUCCAUAGGAGGCACUAUAACCAACACAGACUAAAAGAUCCAUAAGGACAUCAAAUAGUAUGGGAUAUUGGAGACCAAUUGAUGCUUAUGGUAAGGUUAAAGUUACAAUUGAAAGCAUGGCUCUAUUCGGGGAGCUCUCUGCCCUUCUUUGUACAUCUGGAAUUAUGAAAGCCUGUGGCAGGGAGAGCAGCAGCAAAGACACUGAGGUACCGAGCAGAGCACGCAUCGGUAAUAGUCUAUGUUACAGUUUGAAAAGAGGAAGCCAAGUGGAUGUGUAGAAGGUAAACAGGCUGAUACGGGCUGCAUAAGGAUGAGCUGAUGUACAGUGGGACUGAGCCCGACUGAACUAGCUCUAGUUUUCGGGAGACUUUUCUGCCUAUAUGAGACAGGACAGCUGGCAAUGAUAAAGUAGUAUUCUACUAUUAUAGCUGUAAUGCGAAGCUGAAAGGAGGGAGCGCACACUUCCUUCUGUUUUAUGUGCAUUUAUGAGAAGUCAAGACAGAGAGAGCGUCAGUAAAGAGGGUACAAAACAGAGCAGGCUUUAGUAUCAACAAAAAUGAAACUGGUUAAUCCAACUCUGUAUAAAAAGAAAAAGCCAAAUGAAUGAGUAGUAGUGGUUGAGCUGUCAGCUGAUAACGGUUGGUGUACUGUAGGGCUGAAUUUGACUGCGUAGCCUGCCUGAACUAACACUGUUUUGGGGGAUUUUUUUUUGCCUUUAUGAGAUAAAACAGCAGAAUAUAGACAGAAAAUGUGGAGAGUGGAGAGCUGGGAAUGACAUGCAGUAAAGCAGUGUUGCUGGGAGUUAAAUCAGCCUCUGCAUGUGGGAUGCAUGCUGGAACCCCAAGACCAACCAGCGCCCUCAAAAACAGACUUAUGUAGCAUUACCACAGCCAAGAUUCUCUGUGAAUCGUACCUUUGACUGUAAAACAACAAGAUAGGACUCAUUGUUAAAAUACGCCAUAAACGUUUUAAGAACAAAAUCAUGAUGAGAGUAAGAGGUGCGGCUUUGUCCACAGGAAAGCUUUUCCCAGGACAAUUAACACGAGCCCAACUAAUCGGGUUUAUUUCAGGUUGAUAUGCUGAUUUGAAAGGGAAUUCGCCAUUACAGAGAAUAUUUAAACUCAUUUGGUAGAUUUAGCGCUGAUUUUGCACCGAUAUGACUCUUACUCAGAGGGCUGCUGUUUUCAGUGAAUAUCUUUAUAAAAAGAUAUUUAACAUGCAGACCACUUUUACUCAGCUGUGAUCUGCUCCAUGUUUUGCAGACAGUGCUGAGAGGAUUGUAAAGUAUUUAUUCCAAGCACGCUCUGUUUCAUAAUCUACAUGAAAUCGUCAUUUUUGAUGCACCAUAAGCACUGUUUUCUGUCAUUUAUGUUCCAUAGAAACAUUUCCACAACCAGAAAAUCUCUGUAUAUGCUGAAACAGAAAAACGUGUCCUGAGCCUACUAAUGUUUUUCUUUUUACUAUCUCUACUAUGUGUCUUUGCAUCACUAAUGCAUCCAUGUUUUAUGAGUCUGUUACUGUACAGCACCUGUGUCUUCCUUUCUGUCAGAGGUGUCUUCAUCCUCUCAUCCAGGUUGCUACGUGGCUAGAAACAUUAAUCAGUGGUAAUAUUUCUGACAUGGGUGGACCACAAGUCAAUGACUAUCCAAACAAUGUUCUACCUGCACCCCAAUUGAGCCGCUGCAGCUCUUGUCAGCACCACCCCACCCCCAUAGUUAUUUUUAUAUUUUGUUGAACUGUGAUUUCAGCUCAACGUCAGACUAAAGUAAAAGGCUGCUGUUUGUUUAGUGUGAAAGUGAAACAACAGAAAGUAAAUAUUUUGGUUUAGCAGCUCCUCAUGCUGGAAAAUAACUAAAAUAGUUGUAACUUCUGCCAAAGGAGUCUAUUUCUUUAUUCGGCUUCAUUUUAUUUUCUUUUUUUGUCAAUUUUAUUAAUUUUAAAGAGGGAGCUCUGAUUUAUGGCAGUGUAGCAUUAGGGCCACCUAUCAGCCAAUAAAGUGAGCUUUUGGCACUUAAUUGUAAAAAAAAAAAGUGUACAUAAACAAAAUUGAAAAAGGGGGGAUUUAAACCCAGAAAAAUAAUUUUGUUGAGAAAAUUACAAAUUUAGUUUGAUAAAAUACAACUUAGGAAUAUAUUAUCUUAAUAUCAGGGCUCAUAUAUCCCACAAUUUGAUAUUUAAAAUAUUUUCUAUUUUUUUGUGAUUUCAUUUUUACUACACUUUUCCUUCAGUCUUGUUGAUUUAAAAGAAGCUGUGAAUUUAAGAAAAUGAAGUGAUAUGUUAUGAGAAUAUGGAGGUAAUAUUAUAAGCUGUAGAGGAAAAUAGUUUUAUUUUUUGAGACUUUUUUGGGCUCUUCUUAUCAGCUAGUUCUCUGAAAUAUACAACUUCUCGCUUGUUUAUUUACUGCUUUAUUCUGAUAUUGAGACUUAUGACUCCUAUUUUAUAAUUUUUUUUGCAUAUUUUUUUGACUCUAAUAUCGUUAUAGCGCAACUUAUAUCUCAUAGAUUUAUUAAUAAUACCCCUAAAAUUAUGAGAAUAAAACUGUAAAGGAUUUUUUAGAACAGUGGUAAUAUAUGACACCAUUAUAGUAUAUUUACCUCUUGAUUCUUGUUCAUUUUUGGCUUUAUUUGAAAAUUUUUCUUCUUGUGGCCCCAAUUCUCUGUCGUACAUCGGUGUUGCAGGAGUUCUUGAUUUUUAUUCCAGAUUUUUUUUUUUUAACCCUAAUUUAUUUUACAAAGGAGCUUUAAGACAUUAUUUCAGCUAAAAAAAUUUGGCUUUGAUUUUAGAGAAGGUUUGUAAAUGCCAGAGAGGAGAACUGAUUAUAGCCUCCAGGCAGGAUUAUGCAUGUGGAGCAUCAUGGGAAUUAUAGAACUCAGUGUGAUAGAUCUUCAAUCAGGACUUUUUACGGGAUCAACUGUGUUAAUGUUGGUAUUUUAUCAUUACCCAGUUUAAUGAAUGUGCAAUACUAAAAUUGUGAAAGAGUCCUUUAAAUUCAAGACUCAUAUGAUCCCUUCAUUAUUUUCUAAGAUUAUUUGGGAGGUUUCAUGCCUUUUGUGAGAUAAGCAGGAAGAGCCUCAGGUCUGAUUUGAACCCAGACCUUUGAACCUGCAGACUAUAAUCUUAGACCAGACUGUUCAUAUGUUCGUAUCCUUGGAGACAAAGUCACAGUCUCUCAUAUGAUAACAAUCAUUUUAGUCAGUCUAGCUGGACCUGUUGGACUCUCAGGGGACUGAGGUCUGAAGGAUUUACCCUGAUGUGAUCCACCCCCAAACCUCACUGUAGCUUCCUUUCACUCGUCUGUGACAUUGUCUUUUGAAGUGCUCUAUGGUGCAUUUAUAACCACUAAUUAACACGCUGCCUGCUUAACCAUCACUAACGCUACUAUAUCCAAGUGCUCUUAACUCCAACAUCUCAGUAUGUUUCAGGAAAUAUCUUUGUAUAUGUGUCUGUCUGAUGUGUAAGAGGUUUCACCUCUAUAUAAAGCUGAAUAUACAGUAUGUAUUCCUUUCAUAUACUCACUCUGUCAUUCAUGUAAAAGCGUUGUGUUAUUGUAAAACAUGCACUGUUCCUACACAGCAGACGUGUCUGCAGAUCUACUUCAAUAAACACAAUAUAAACCCGCU